GGUAUGUGAUGCUUGCCACCCGUGACCUUGUCACAUUAUGUAAUCUUCAAGCAUGCACUGCCACGGCCGUGGAAACUGCUUUGAGCUCCGGAACCUUGGUCAUCGUCACCCAACAUGUCGUUCCUUGCUGCUCUUCGUAUGACAGCCCGUUCAGGCUCAUUUAGAGCAUCGACUGCGCGUCCUUUGCAACACACACCACGAUCGUUCGGUGCUGGUAUUCGAUGGCUUACUGUUGAAGCCCGUGAGAAAAUUGACGGGGCUAUUAGAGGAACGCCCGUGGUAGUUUUUAUGAAGGGGACACCUGAUCAGCCCCAGUGUGGUUUUUCGAGAGCUGUCAUCCAAGUCUUAGAUGUACAAGGUGUUCCCCGCGAGAAACUUGCUACAUACAACGUCCUUGAAGAUGCUGAAUUGAGAAGUGGGAUCAAAGAAUACUCCGAGUGGCCAACUGUUCCCCAGGUAUACAUUAACGGUGACUUCAUAGGCGGAGCCGAUAUCUUAAUUGGGAUGCACACGUCUGGAGAACUAGAAGAAUUAUUAGAAAAGGCGAGGCUGCUUCCUGAACUUCCUAGUUCAAGCACGAUGUCAUCGCAAACAUAAGCAUUAGAUGCAAUGGCUUUAUUGUAUAACACCGCUUGUUCAUCUAUCAUGAUCCUGGAAUGCAAUACCUCCCCACAAGAAGGAUAUACAAACAGUGGUGCAUCUGGGAGUUUUUGUGGAAACGUUGGGCAUCGAGGCUGCCUCGAGGGAGUGACGGAGGCUGUGGGCAACAUUCAGCUUGUUUUGCCUUGCUGGUUGAAUGCGCCAAACUAUGUGUAUCUGGCAUCUGAAUGAAACGGCUAUUCAGGCUCUACGUAUUCAAAGUCGCCCUUCAUCCCCUGAAACAAAGUACC